AUGUCGAGCCAAAUUGAGCAGAGUAACUCGCCUGGCAACGGUACACUCCGUAAAGAAAAGUCGAACUUGUCGUAUUCCUACGAUGCUGGACGCGGAUGGAGGAGAUGGCGAAUCUUCCAUCCUGGUAAAGGAAUGUACCACGAUGUUAAGCGAAGACUUCCUUACUACCCAAGCGAUAUCACCGACGCUUUUACCUAUAGAACUGUCGCCAGUACAAUCCGAAUGUACUUUGUCAAUCUCCUUCCUGCUAUAGCCUAUACUCUCGACAUGUAUCGCCGAACCGGCGAAUUCUUCGGCGUCAACGAAGCUCUGUUCUCUUCCGCCAUGGCAGCCAUUGUCUUUAGCCUGUUCAGUGCCCAGCCGCUCACCAUCGUCGGCGUCACUGGUCUCAUCUCGCUAUUCAACUUCACCAUCUACGACAUUAUCAGCAUGUACGACGUCUCCAUCUAUCCCCAGUUCAUGGCUUGGACUGGUAUCUGGGCUGCAAUCUUUCACUGGCUAGCUGCUAUAUUCAACACGUGCGAUUAUAUGCGCUACGUGACCGACUUUUCCAGCGAGUCGUUUGGCAUGUAUGUCGGUAUUAUAUACAUCAUCAAAGGUGUCGAGGAACUUGUCAAUGAAUUUGACAAGGGCGGGCAGGCAGCAGGGUAUUUGGCUUGUCUAAUCGCCAUUCUUUACUUUGGAACUGUCUACGGUCUCGAGAAGAUAGGCUCUAGCACGAUCUGGAAGGCAAGCGUCCGUACAGUACUCGCAGACUAUGCUUACGUGUUCGGGACUUUAUUCUGGGUUGGUUUCUCUCACUUCCCUGGCAACAUCAAAUCAACGCACAUCGAGCGAGUGCCCGUCACCAGAGCUUUCUAUCCCACUCAAUCUAGAAGCUGGCUCAUUGACUUCUGGAACUUGGAAGUCAAAUGGGUAUUCGUAGCCAUGCCAUUCGGCCUUUUAACAAUGCUCUUAUUCUAUUAUGACCAUAACGUCAGCAGUAUCACUGCCCAGGCUCGACAAUACCCCCUCAAGAAGCCCGGUGGAUUCCAUUGGGACUUUUUUCUUCUGGGCUGCACGACUUUUCUGUCUGGCAUUCUUGGGCUACCCAUGCCCAAUGGCCUUGUUCCUCAGGCACCUGUUCAUACUGACUCUUUAACUAUUUACGAAACUGACCUUCAGAUCAUUCUGACGUCUGGAGGAGAGGAUCAAGAAAUACGGCGUCCCAUCGUGCGAGCCACAGCAGUGGUUGAACAGCGCGUGUCGCACUUCUUGAUGGGUUUAGGGUUGGUAGGGACUAUGACGGGACCUCUCCUUGUCGUACUGCAUCUCAUGCCGGCCGCGGUAUUUGCUGGUGUCUUCUUUGUUGUCGGCUGGGGGUCGAUUGAGUCAAAUGGCAUCCUCCAGAAGUUCAUCUAUCUUCAGUCUGAGCAACGCUUCAUUCAGCGCGAUGAACCGAUCAUUCGAGUACGCCGACGUAAGGUCUUCCUUUACAUUGCGUUGCAGUUCAUCGGUGUCGCAGCGUGCGUGGCUAUAUCACAUACCAUCGCAGCGAUUGGAUUUCCGGUUCUAAUCAUUCUCAUGAUUCCCCUUCGUAUUCUCAUCGUUCCACGAUGGUUCAUACUGAAAGAGCUCCAGAUUCUGGACGACUUCACUGCGACUAAUAAAACAGUUUUGGCCAGUCUCGGUGGAAAACCUGUUCUGCCGGAAGACUCAAAGGUUGAAGACUGGGGCCUUGAGAGGCGAGAGAGCGAGGCUCGUCACGGCGUGCCACGCCAACGUGCUGGAAGUCUUCACCGAUAA